CGUGUUAAGAUUACAGAGUACCGUCUCAAAAAAAGCAACAAAUCUUGUAUAAAAUUUUAAGUACUGUUUUUGAUAUUAAGAAAGGUAGUUUUGAAGAUGGUUAAAAAAGAUACUUUUAAAGACAAGCCUAAACCACCAAACCGUGAACAGAUCAUAGCAGAUUUAGCGUCGGUGCCGGAAAGCGAUGUCGUGUUUUUGCAGCAGUUUUCAGAUUCGUCAUCAUUACAUCAUUCUAAAGAAGACACAUCCGAUCAUUCUGAUACUUCACAUGGGCAGAAUACUGGACAGAGUGAACCUUUAGUGACUGAUCGAGUUAAAAUCAACCAGACAUAUGAACAAGUUACAAAACUCAUUCAGUUGCAUACAGACCUUGCAAGUGAACCAAAAAAAUUAGAGGAAAAGUAUGACCAUUUAGAGAAACUUGGACAGGAAGUUGCGGACUCUAUAUCAGAACUCAGAUCAGCAGCAGAAUCUAUUGUUAAAAGAACGAAAAAAUAAAUUUUUUUUUGUUCAUUGUCAG